GGCUUAAGAAUCUACCCUACCACUUCGUUGGGUUGAGUUCUCUUAUAAAUUUCAGUUUAAGAUGUUCGCUCAAUUAUUUAAGUCUUGUUUUUCAACCGCUUCCGAUCCUGAAAUGGAUUUAGAUUGUCAUGAAAAGUGUGUAAUCGCCGCAAAGCGUGUAAUUUGUGAAGAGUCGCGUGAAGAGUCACCGGUACCGAGAAAAAAAAAACGGUGUGAAUUGUUUGAUGUCGUUCCGUCGGUCAUCUCUCCAGCGGUGCCGGAAGUGAGUGGGAGAGAGAAGAGAGCGUCGUCAGAAGACAGUAUCAUAUAUGUGGGGUGUGAAACACUAACCCCAAAAACUAUAGAAAGGGAGCGCUUAAUUUUAAAAGUUAAGAAAAAUAAAGUGGUGGUGACUCCCCAAACUAUUACUGUAGCGGCGGAGGUGCACGCUCCCCCAAGCACUUCAAGUGACUACGUACCUGUUAUCGAGGAUAUCUCCGAGCCCGAAGACGGUACACCUGUGCUAACUUACUCCAAACCCUCUGUCGAGGAUGAAAUAUUAAAUAUCGCUGAUUAUAAAUGGGAAGAAAUUGAGAAACCCAUGACAGAGGUAAAAGUUUUAGAAAAAAAAAUAAUCUCGGAGUCACAGCCGUCACUCAAUACUGUAGUGGCGGAUGUUCUACAAAUCACAAAUAGCGAUGAAGCCCACCACAUCGCGUUUUGUGACGAUUUCAAAGGAGGGUUAGUGGCGGCUCUAGAACGCCAUCGGGACCGCCUCAAGAAUAGGUUGGACGAAAAUACCAAGGAUAGCGAUUUACUUGAGGAAGCUGUCCAGAAUAUAUUUUCGUAUGCUAAGAAAAUGAUGGAGGCAUUUCAUUUGGAAAAAACUCGCCUAAUCGUUGAUCUUAACAACACAAAAACUCUCCUAGCGAAUGCUGUAAAAUCAGAUUCUCGAGACUUAUUCAGCAAAAAUGCCGCUGGUGAUAUCCGGAGAUGCGGAAUGACGGAUGAGGGUGCAUAAAGCGGUAUAUAUUGUAUUCUACCCCGUAGGCGGCCCCCUGCAACCCUGUAUAGUUAGUAUGCAUGAUUUUUAAAAGUGUAUAUAUUGAAUCAUAGUUUGUAUUUAUGUUUAUUUUUAGUUAGUAUUAAUUAUUUUUUAAGUGUAUAUAUUAAAUUUUAUAUUUAUGUUUAUUUAUUUAUUUUCUA